AUGACGCAUCAAUGUCAAGCGGGAUUGCCGUCUUUCGCGGCCCCAACCUCAUCCCCAAGCUCGAGGCAUGGGCCUCACCGCCCCCAUGACUCGGCCGUCGCCACGAGCAUCGACGACAAUGGCGACGAGUGGACCCAGAUGUUUGUCCCCCGCCGCGCCUUUUGGCAAAUCCCUGGCCGUCUCUUCCUCUUCACCCUCCCAGCGCAACCCGGGCUCCUCGUUCCCCCGGCUCCCCCGCUGGCAGCCGGCCCCGGGUCGCCCAACAUGGCCGACUCGCGGCCGCACUCGCAGAUCUUGACGCCCACGCACUCGCCUUUGCCCUCACUCAGUCGCCUCGAGGCCGACCUGCCAGGCGCGCCCGUGUCGAUGAACCUCGGCGGCCUGGUUCCAAGCUUUCCCAUCGGGCCCUUCUCGUCCACCUCUCACCUGCCGACCUACUACCCUCCCGCACCCAUGACGUACACCAUGACGAACGGCACACGCCAUCCCCUGCGGCCCAAGCCGCCGCGCAUGGGUGAGGUUUUCUACACGCGCUUCGUCCCGAGUCAGGGCCAGUACCUCUCCUUCCGCGUCGCUUCCCUGGCGCCCAAACCUGUCCCGUAUCUGGGACCCGUCGGCUCCUCGCCACCCGAUCAUCCUCACCUGCUGACCCUUUCCGACACGGCUCUCAUGCAGCUGUGGCUCACGAAUCCUCGCGUCUCUGCGUUUUGGGGCUCAUACUCGCCCAACUUUUUAAGCGAUGCCCUCUCGUCGCGUCACUCGUUUCCCGUCAUUGGAAUGUGGGACGGCGUGCCCUUUGGCUACUUUGAGAUCUACUGGGUCAAAGAGGACGUGUUGGGCCGGCAUCUUGGCGGCGGCGUCUGUGACUGGGAUCGUGGACUGCACGUGUUCGUGGGCGAGGAAUGGGCACGUGGAAGAGUUCCCGCGUGGUUGUCGAGUCUGAUUCACUGGUGUGUCACGGAGGAUUACCGGACAAUGAGUGUGUGCUUUGAGCCGCGCAUCGACAACCAGAGGUUUAUUCAGCUGCUCCAGCAGUCACACUUUGCAAAAGAGCGGGAAGUUGCCCUACCGCACAAGCAAUCCGUUAUUGGCGACGUGAAAAGCCCGGUUCAGGGCAAAUACCAGUCCGAGCGCUUCCUUUCCCCAGACUGGCUGGGCCAGCGGGCGGCGGGCGGCGUCUAUGCCAAGAAGCGGAAGCAAGCGGAACGAGCCCCUAGCUGA